UUUGCUUCUCCAUCUAAACUUCCAAACUCUUGACACGGUAAUGCUUAGGAUCUAAUAGACAGAAUGAGAGAGAAAGGUAGAGAGAGAACGAGAGGGGAUAGAGACAGACAGAGUUCACAGGCAAGGCGGACGACACUGAUUCGAGAGCAUGCAGAUUCCUGUGGAAGAAGUCACCAAUGGAGGGGGGAGCCAACAUUCAUAGGGAGAGGACAAAGUAACCAGUACCAGGCUUGGAAACGGAAGGAAGAGGGGACAUACAACUGGGGUUUGUACAAGCAAGCCACAUCAUAUUUCUUCACCAACUGUCCAGAUGAGUGGAGCUAUGAGGAUAUGUGGAGGACGUUCUUGAAAUAUGGACGAGUUUAUGACAUCUACAGCCCAAGCAGAAAAAGCAAGAACGGAAGUAAAUUUGGCUUUAAACUUUGGGUCAAUAGGUCGCGAUAUGAUGAUGAGAAACAGGAAGAGAGGCAGAAAAGAAACAACAGAGAAAUGGUGACAGUGGCCCAUAGCAGAAGUUAUGCGGAGGUAGUGAAGGGUAUGCAAGAAACUAGUGGGAAGGAAGAGAAGAGAACACAAGGCGGACUCGAGUACCAGCAUUCGAUAACCAGGAAAAUCUGGAAGGAGAAAGGAUUGGGAGAAAAAUGGGCUGGGCUGGAGUAUAACAGCAAAUUUGAAGAGCAUGCUUGGUUAGAUGGCUGCUAUGUCGGAACAGCACACUCCGUGGAGAUGGUGCGAAAUUUACAAGAAAAGUUUUACAUGGAAGGGUACUUUUCUUGUCAAAUCCGGGCAAUGGGAGGCAAAUUGGUUCUGCUAUCAUGUGAAGAUAAAGAAGAGCUGAAGGACUUGGUUGAAAUGGCAUCAAAUUGGCUGAAGCAGUGGUUUGUAGAGGUGCACCCAUGGACACCAAAAAUGGUGGCAAAUGAGAGAUUCGUAUGGAUAAGAUCUCAAGGGGUACCACUGAACGCCUGGCAAACUGAUUUCUUCUCAACCAUAGGCUGCUCAUGGGGAAAAUUCAUCUGCUUGGAUGAUAGUACAAGCAAAAAGAAAAGGUUUGACAUUGCUAGAUUCUUGAUCUCCACACCAAUUAUGGAGACAAUCUCAGUCACAAGGCAAAUCAAGAUUAAUGGAAGCAUGUACAGUGUGAAAUUUAUAGAGGAAGAAUUCACAAACAGCUUCUUUUCUCUGAAACAAGAUUUUAUGCCUUCUUUUAAUAGUGAGAUAAAGGAUCAUGAGACAUGGUCUACUGGGAGUGACUCGGCGAUGCAGGAUGUUGAAUUAGCCGAGAAGAAUGAUGAAGAACAGGUUGGGUGCUCAACUGAAGAAGAUGAUGAUGUGGUGCCACGUAUGAAAGAGGGAAUGAGAAGAUUUUCGAAACUAGCCAGUAAGGAGGAACGGGAACCAGCAGAAACAGGGGAUGACAGCCUGGAAGAAAUUCAAAUUUUAAAUGCUACUGCUGGAAGUAUAGGGGUAGGCGGGAUGACAAAAAGACAGGGGACCCAGGAGUCUCUAACAGAAAGUAUAGAAGAAGUUGGGGAAAAAAGGGGCCAUAAAAUGAAGCCCAUUGAACAGCCGAAGGAGAAGCCCAUCCCACAAAAAGAAAACCUAGAGGAAGAGGAAUCUACAAACAUGUGUCCAGCCCAAGCUAAAAUGGCAAAGGGGCAUGAAAUGGAAAAAGGUUGCAUUGAAGACUGGAUUGGCAAACAGCUAGAGGAGAUGAGUUCAAAAAGGAAAAGGAGGGUGAGGCGAUGCAGCUCGGUGUAUUUAGAAACUAGUGUAAGGGAUGUAAGAGCAAACAGAAAAAGAGGAAGAGGGAAACAGAGCACGCAAGAAAUGGAAGGAAGACAAAUUCCAACAUUCCUACCAAACCCAAAUGGAAAAGUUGCUGGAGAUUCAAUUGGAGAUAGUGGUAUACAGAAUUGUAACCGAUCUCUGAAGAAGCAGUGGCAAAACAAAUUGGCCAAGGAGAUUUGGGAUCUCGCGACACAACUCGAAGCAGUGGCAGAGGACGAUAAUGAGGUGAUCCAAAGAAUUGAGGAGAUGGAGGUUAGAGACAGACAAGCAAGCUUAACCAUGGUGAACCGAGAUGAUGAAGCCAACAAGAAGGUAUAAGGGGGAGCUGGUUUAGCUGGGGAUUAUAAUGCUGUGAGAAGUGUUGAGGAACGAGCAGGGUGUACUGUGACUACUAAUGAAAUGAGGGAUUUUGAUGCUUUUAUCCAUAACACGGGGUUGAUUGAUUUGCCGUUGGUGGGGAGAAAAUACACCUGGUAUAAUUCUAAUGGACAAUACAUGAGCAGGAUUGACAGAUUUUUAUUAUCUAAAGAAUGGACCACAAAAUGGAGUGAUGUGAAACAGUGGGGGUUGAGGAGGUCAGUUUCAGACCACUGUCCUCUUUUGCUGAAGAAUGAAUGUGUUGACUGGGGCCCAAAACCAUUCAAGUAUUAUGAUGCUUGGCUUGAACAACCAGGAUGCAAGGAGGUGAUCACAAAUGCAUGGACCAACAUUGAAGUGAGUGGAUGGAACGGAUUUAAGCUCAAGGAGAAACUGAAAAGAACAAAACAAGUGCUUAAAGAGUGGAGUUUUCAAAUGAACACAGAGAUGGACAGCAAGAUAAAGGAAGCUGAAACUGUUAUUGCUGCAAUAGAUAAGAAAGGAGAACAGAAUCAAUUGUCGGCUACUGAUGUAAAGAAAAGGAGAAACAGCUUUAUCGAUCUGUGGAAGAAUUUGAGAAUUAAGGAGAGGAUGUGGCAACAAAAAUCAAGGAAGCUAUGGUUAAAAGAAGGGGACGCGAAUACAAAAUUCUUCCAUAAUUGUGUGAAAGGAAGAUGGAGAAGAAAUGAGAUCAGUAGUGUUCGGAUCAAUGGGAAACAGCAUACAGAGGUGGAAGAAAUAAAGGAAGGGGUUGCCAAGUACUUCCAAGAAAUGUUUGCAGAAGAAAAAUGGAAGAGACCUAAGCUAGAUGGGAUAAGCUUCAAGCAAAUAACAAAGGAAGAUAAUGAGAUCCUCACAGCAGCAUUCUCGGAACAGGAAAUUAAAGAAGCAAUAUGGAAUUGUGACUCAUCCAAAGCUCCAGGUCCAGAUGGUUUCAACUUCAGAUUUAUAAAGAUGAUGUGGGAGGUCAUAAAACCAGAUGUGGUUGGCUUUGUAAAAGAAUUCCAAGAACAUGGCAGGCUCGUCAAAGGAUCAAAUGCCUCGUUCAUUGUGUUAAUCCUAAAGACUGAAAGCCCUCAGGGAAUUGAAGAAUACAGACCCAUCUCACUAAUAGGUGUUAUGUACAAAGUCAUCUCAAAAUUACUAGCAAACCGAUUGCGUAAGGUGUUGUCCAAGGUAAUCGAGGAGCAGCAGAUGGCUUUCAUCGAGGGAAGACAAUUAGUGGAUGGAGUAGUGAUUGCAAAUGAAGUUAUUGACGAAGCCAAAAGGAAGAAAAAAAAGGGAGAGGAAAGGAAAAUAAACUGGGUAAGCUGGGUAAGAGUGUGUAAAAAGAAAGAAGAAGGGGGCCUAGGAGUGAGGGACUUAAGGAAAUUUAACAUGGCGUUGAUGGGAAAAUGGUGGGGUAGGCUUGCAGAAAAUAGGGAUAGCUUGUGGAAGAAAAUUAUUGUUGAGAAGUAUGGAAAGGGAGGGGGACACUGGCAAGAUUGGAUUACUGGAAAUAAUGGUGCAGGGUCAAUAUGGUGGAGGGAUGUCUGCGGUUUAAACACUAUGGAUGGUGAGAGUGUAGGCUGGUUGAGGGAGGGUUUUAGAAUUAACAUAGGUGAGGGGAAUAGCGGUAGUUUCUGGUGGGAUGACUGGGGGGGAAAGGGGUGUCUUGCUAACAAGUUUCCAAGACUAUAUCUUCUUUCAACAGAAAAGACGCACAUGUGCAACCAAAUGGGAAGUGAAAGAGACGGAUCAUGGGAAUGGAAUCUAACAUGGAGGAGAAAGUUGUUCGAGUGGGAAGCAGAAGAGACAAUGGAACUGCAGAACAUGAUAAAAGAUGUGAAGGUCUUGCAAGGACGCCCUGAUAACUAGGAGUGGAUUCAUGACAAGAACGGUCAAUACUCAACAAAAUCAGCCUACGCAUUGUUAACAAAAGAGGAGAAAGGAUCAACCGGAACUACAAUCUUUACAAGAAUAUGGAACUCCACCAUUCCAAGCAAAAUUUCAGCUUUCAAUUAGCAACUACUAAUGGAUAGAAUACCAACUAAAAAGAACCUAUUGAGAAGAGGGAUCACCAAAGACAUGAGAGAAAGCAAGUGUGAAAUAUGUGCUGAAGAAGAAGAGGACACGACGCACUUGUUCUUAAGUUGCAAGAUCGCUCGAUGGCUAUGGAAGGCUUGCGCAAAGUGGUGGGGGACUAAGUUCUCGUUGGAAGUAGACUGCUGGAAUACCUUUCAAAAAUCAGGAGUUGUGUCUAAAGAGCCAAGCAACAAAGAAGGGUGGGAUUGCAUAUGGAAUUCAUUUGUUUGGUCUGUGUGGUUGGCUCGAAACCAAAAGAUUUUCCAAGGCAAAGAGAUCAAUCCAAGGAAGCUUCUUGAACUCAUCCAAUUGAGAUCCUAUCUUUGGAUUAAAUAUAAAAAUGAUAGAAUGAAAAGCAGCCUCUUCUUAAUAUCAGAUUGGCUCCAAGAUCCGGUAUCUUGCUUAAGAGAUGCUACAGCAAGAAGAAGGCAAAACAGGGUGAUAAAUCCAGGGUAAAGAC